AUGGGGGGGGGGCGAGAGAGCGCGCUGAAAGGUUUAAUCCCCGCGCACCGCGUCUGCAGCUGCGCCUGGCUGAGGCCCGCGGGCUUACUCGUGAGCAAGCCAACGUUAAGAAGCGCCGGGAGGGUGGAAGACGACCCCCCCCCCGUCUGCCCGAUCUGUUUCAGGGCAGGCCUAGAAGAGGAGCGCCAAGAGCGCGCGUCCGGAACACGGCGUCACCUCGAGUCCCGCCAAGGCGCCUCCACCCCCGGCCAGGCGGCUGAGCGCUUCCCCCGGGGCGCCGGGGCUGCCGGAGCUGCGGCCACGUCAGCCUUGCGCCCCGCCCGCCUUCCCGCCGCCUCCGGUUGCGAGCCGGAUCCUCCGCGCCUCUCUCGCUUCCCUCUUCCUCCGGCGCAGGCCUGCCUGCCUGCUGCCUGCCUUGCUUGCCUGCUGCACGGCUCCUGCUCGGCGCCGGCCAGCGGAGGGAACGACCCCCAGCUCCGCCACCCGGUAAGGCUCCGGAGGGGCCCCCAGCGCAGAGGAAGCGGACGGAGGAGCAAGGACGGGGAAGGAAGCGCUUUUCUCGACGCCUCCUUCCUUCCGUCCUUCUCUCCCAAGCAACAUCCCAUUGGUGUUGCAAGAGCUUGCUGCGCCGCCCCAAAACUUCAGGGAUUGCAUUCCUUAUGUAGGCACCUUUUCCUUUGUCACCCGGGGCAUCCUCUGGGUUCUCAUGGCCGCACAUAUUUGGCUACCCACCCACCCCCAAUCUGUAGUCCCGUUCUCUUUCUUUCUCCCUCCCUCCCUCUUUUCUUUUCUUUCUUUCUUUCCCUCGCUCAGUGGACUCCCUUUCCUCUGCCUCUUCUCCCCGGACCCCAGUGUGUUUCCUUGCUUUAAAAUAGUUACCUGGUAAGCAGAGGGCACUUAGAAAUGGAGGAGGAAGGGAUACAAUGGAAGACAUCACCAACCAUAGAAUUCUAGAGUUGGAAGGGAUUUUGAGGGUCCUGUAGUCCAACCCCCUGCAAUGCUAAAGCAUCCACGGCAGAUGGCCAUCCGACCUCUGCUUGAAAACCUCCAAGGAAGGAGAGACCGUUGCACUGGCAAACUGUCAUGAAUAUGAUGUUUUUUCUUGUUAUUAAUAUUACUAUUAUUAUUAUUAUUUGUACGACAUCCAUCAGACUGGGUUGCUCCAGCCACUCUGGGCGGCUUCCCACAUAUAAUAAAACAUUAAACAUUUUUUAAAACUUCACAUGUCUUCUAAAGGUUGUAUAUCAAGCUUGCAGCCUUCUUCACUUUGAAACCUCACAGCAGCUCCUGACAUAGUUUUUCAGAGGGUGUUGCGUCCGGCCAAGUUCAUCCGAUAGCUGCAGCUUUCAUUUCAGAUCGUGCAGAACCUUCUCUGCCGUUCCUCCAAGGAGCUGGAGAAGGCCUGGGUUAGACUGGCUCAGUUGGUGGAGCGCAAGACUCUUAUUAAAAUCUCAGGGUUGUGGGUUUGAGUCAAAAGAUCCCUGCAUUGCAGGCAGUCAGAGCCAGUGUGGUGUAGUGGUUAAGAGCAGUAGACUCGUAAUCUGGUGAACUGGGUUCGCGCCUCCGCUCCUCCACAUGCAGCUGCUGGGUGACCCUGAGCUAGUCACACUUCUCUGAAGUCUCUCAGCCUCACUCACCUCACAGAGUGUGGGGGAGGAAGGGAAAGGAGAGUGUUGGCCGCUUUGAGACUCCUUCGGGUAGUGAUAAAACGGGAUAUCAAAUCCAAACUCUUCUUCUGCUUCUGCUUCUUGUGGUCCUGUUCAGUUCUACAAUUCUAUAAUUCUGUACGGUGGCGUGCAUGGCAUAUGUUAUGAGGAUAACAACCCUCUGAAGCUGAGAGAUGUGGGGGACUGGUCCAGGGUCACCAAGUCGGUGAGCUUUGGGACUCGAGUGGGGAUUUGAACCCAGGUCCUAGGGCAACACUCUGCCCGCUGCACCACACUGGCUGUUGUGCAUAGAACCCCUUUGCACAGCCGUUGAAUGGGCAGCCAGCAGCAGGCUGGGCAUUGAGUGUGACCCUCUCAUGCGUUCUUUCAGCUCACCCAGUGAUGAUCCUUCCCUCCUUAGAUCAAAUGCAGUUGGGGCUGUAGGAUUACCUCCUCUGUCCCCAAAGGCACACCCUUUGAUCUUAUUUUCAGUUAUUUUGCUUCACUUGUACCUCACCUGCCUUCCCAUAAUAGAAUUCAAGGUGGCGCUCACAAAGUGCUCAGGUGGCCUCCCACACCAUAAACUGGGAGUGGAUGGUUUUACGAUGGUUCUGUUAUUGCUCCUGUAUUCUUCCUGUCAUUUUUAUUAUUAUUAUUUCAUUUUGCUCUCUCAGAUUCUUUCAGUACCUGCUUCUUUCCAGUCCUCCUUUCUUCCCUCACCAGGAUUUUCUUUCCCCCCCUCCAAAUGACCCAAGCCUAAAUGGUCAUUUCCUUGCAAUCACCUCCUCCCCUGGGCUUAAAAUGGUAGGAUUACUGUCUUUACUAUUGGCCGUGCUUUUUAAUAGCAGAAAUCAACAAGUGGCGGUGGCGGUGGUUGUGGUUGUUUUCGGAUUCCACCCUUGGAAAAGCUUCACUUUUUAUGUUGUCCUGUCUGAAGCAUAAAUCUGGCCAGCACAGAUGCUCCCAAGGGGAUUGUAUUGGGGAAGAACAUGAGAAAAGCCUGUUGGAUCAGGCCAAUGGCCUGUCUAAGUAGAGCAUCCUAUUCUUAAGAAACCAACCAGGUGCCUGUGGGAAGCUGCAAGCAGGAUUCGAACACAGGACAACUCUCCCCCACUGUAGUUUCCAUCAACUGGUAUUGAGAGUAUUACUGCCUCUGACCAAGCAAAGCAUAAACAUCAUAGCUUGUAGCCACUGAUAGCUUUGCCCUCCAUGGAUUUCCGAUCCUCUUAUAAAGCCAUCCAAGUUGCUCAUUGUUGACAGAUACCUACAUCUGGAGCAAGAAAGUAACAAUUGCCAAAGGCAAAUGUUGCGUAUUUUGUAGGUUUUAGGGUAUCUACAAAAUGUUGUGUAUUUUGUAGAACAACACGUUAAGGCAGCCUUUUAAAUGGCUCCACAAUGUUACCACCGUAGUUCAUUCGCCUGCAUGCAAUAUCCUUGCCAUCUGCUUAUGCAUUUUUAAUUCCUAUAUUUAUAAACUGCCAACUCUUUAACAAAGUACCAAGGCAGUGCACAGUAAAAUCACCUAAACGUAAUAAAGCUAUAAAACUGUAUAAUAUAGAAGUAAUGCCCAACACUGAAUCAAAUUAAUGCUUGACCAAACUACCAGGCUAGUACUUAAAUACAAAAUGAAUUUAAUGUGCUUUAAAAACUCUUAAUGUAAAAUGUCGACAGUCUUCUACCCCAUUUCCUUCCCUCCCAGAAACAAUUUAUUGCUCUGGAAGUGGCCUUGUAACGGGAGUAGGAUAUUUGUUACGUAGUUAAAGAUUAAGAUCACGCUGAUUUCAAGAUAUAAAUAUGUGGAACCAAAGGUGAAGAUCAUAAGACUACAUUUGUGGAAAUCCAAGAAACAUUUAGUGUCCCUCAGUGAUUACCAGUGAGUAGGAAUAUCACCAGUUGCCACCACAUGCCCAUAUGCCUUUAAUAGCAGUAUACGAAACGAGUCCUUUGUAAACGAAAGGCUCUUUACUGCCUAGGAAAUGAGAUUUCACAAAAUGAAACUGCGUUCAUCUGCAAGUGUCGCUGUGAAGUGACUAGGCCUCUGCAUUUACCGUAUAGCACAGACCAUCUGAAAACUUCUGUCUUCCUUUUAGGCGCUGUCUCUUUGA